CACAAUAAACAUGCAAGUUAGAACCGAAUAUUUAAAUAUUUGCUCCUAAAUAAUUAAUAAUGGAGGACAAUAUGGAGGGAAAAAAGGUGGAUCUAUGGAUUAGGGCAAGACUUUUGGACCCAAGGCUCCUCAAUUCUGGAUCUUACUCAUGCUCUGCCCAGACCCAGGGUUGUUGGAAUAUUUCACUUAUUGAGUAUCCUGAACAAAAGGGCGUUCAGAUGUGUCGUAUUGCUCACUAAACUCUUCCUGUCUUGGACUCACCUUUGGCUCACACUCAGACCUAGCUCCAAUAAGGAAAAGCAAGCAUGCUUCAACAGAAAACGUUGGAAUUUAUUACGGAACAGGUCAGGUGUGAAAUUUUCGUUACAUUGGCUGCGAUCCCAAUCCCGAUGUGCGUGAGGGACUUGCAGAGGCUGGGAUGUAACAGUUGCAGCCUCGCCCCUGUUUAAAUUACCAAAGUGUUCCCUUCAAAAUGUCACUCUCACGCAUGGGACGAGCACUGCAAGGAGGGGAAGACUCAACAUGGGCACUCGGAAUCGCCUCUGGCAUUUCAUCCUCUCUGUUUUCCUCUGUACCGUAAUGGCAUUAGAGGGAAGAGACGCAACGACCGCCACCGCUGGGAGCCGCACAAAUGUCUCGGGGAGCACAAGCAACAACACCUCAAAUGCCUCUGUGGCAGAGCCCAACACCCUAACAAACAAUUCCCUCCUGGGCACGACCUUGCUGUCCCCCUCCACGACGAGGAUGGUCCCUACACCCAGAACAACAACGAGGGAAGGGAGGACACUGGGGAUGUCUGCCGAGAGCAGUGCAGCAUCCCCAACAGCAGGAACCAGCACCACUGCCCCCAGCACGGGCACAGAGAAUGGCACUGCUCCCUCCUCACCUCUCAGCUCAGCCACAAUGAGCCACUCCUCAUCCUCCUCUUCCUCCUCCUCUCCCAAGGGCUCUCCCAGCCCACAGCAGAGCAGCACCAGCAGCACCACUGGGACACCCUUGGCCUCCACAUCCCACCCGCCCAUGGCACUCGUGUUCUCCUCUCUGCCCUCCCCUGCUGGCAUUACCAGAGCUCAGCCCUCUGCCGGGACAGCAGGGGCCAUGACACAGGGCCCAGCCACCCCCAGGCCUGUGGCUGCCACCCCUGGCACCUCUCCUGCCUCAGGAACCAUCGAGGCCAGGCUUUCAUCCACUCUGGGCAGCAGCACGGAGACAUCGGCGCCUCAGCUCGCCUCCACACCCCUCACACAGGGACAGCCCACGCCAGAGGUGACGGCUGCUCCAUCUCCCACAGGGACACCCUCGCCUUCUGUGACCACGGCCUCUGCAGGCAGCAGUGCCAUCAUCCCUCCUGGAGAAGGGGACAGUUCCACCAUGAACCAAGGGAAUGCAACAACAACCAGUGGCCCCAGCACUGAGGGCUCCCAUUCCCUCACAUCCCUGGUGUCCACGGUGAGGAUGGUGAGUGGGGAAGGGAGGACGGACACCACGCCGACAGCACCAGCGUGGGAAGGGAGCUCACCAGGGACAUCUCCCAGGAGUGGGGCACUGAGCCCAGCAUUCCCAACAAAAGGGCCUGGCACCUCCACUGCCCCCAGCACAGGCACAGAGAGUGGCACUGCUCCUUCCCUGUCCCUCAGCUCAGCAGUGACGAGCCACUCCUCCUCUUCCUCUCCUGAGGGCUCCCCAGCUGUGACUCCCAGCCCACAGCAGAGCAACACCAGCACCACUGAGAUGUUCUUGGCCUCCACAUCCCACCUGCCCACGGCACUCGUGUCCUCCCCUGCUGGUGUUACGGGCAUGGAGUCAGGCACUGUGACAGCAGAGGAGGUGACAGCCAGCACUAAUCCAGUGCCUUCUGCCUCCAUCACCUCUCCUGCCUCAGACACCACUGCAUCCAGCCAUUCAUCCACACCAGGCAGCAGCAUGGAGACACCAGGACCUCGGCACACCUCCACACCCCUCACACAGGGACAGCCCACGCUGGAGGUGACAGUCACUUCAUCUCCCACGGGGAGCCCCCUGCCUUCUGUGACCACGGCCUCUGCAGGCAGCAGUGCCACCAUCCCUCCUGGAGAAGGGGACAGUUCCACCACGACCCAGGGGAUCAGGACAGCUGAGCCCACUGCCAGCACCUCCCACUCCCUCCCUUCCACAUCCUUGGCAACCCCAUCCACGACAAACCUUAGUACAUCAACAUCUGCUAAUCCUUCUUUUACUGGAACUUGCUCUCCUAUCAGUUUGUCCAUCCAGCUGCAGAACGUGACCAGCACAGUGAUACAGUUCAGCUGGAAACCUCAAGGUGGCACAGGAGACAGUCCUUACACAGUGCGGCUGCUGGGAGAACCGGGAGGGACGCAGGAGAGAAUCCUAAACGAAACAAGCACUUCAUUUGAAAAUCUGCUUUCUGGCCAUCAGUACCAAAUAUCCGUGGAUGUUUCAACUUGCUCUAAGAAUGUCAGCACCUCCUUGACAGUUCAGACGGCUGCUGAAGUCUAUAGGGGAAGCACUAGGAUUACAAAUGAAGUUUUCAAGACUGAAUAUCAGAACAAAUCAAGUACAGAAUUUAAGGAGUUUGAAGAGCAGUUCAUUAUGGAGAUAACAAACCAUCUGCCACAGAAGAUACAAGAAUUAAAAAAUGAAACAAAAAUACGUAUUGUAAUUAAUAGCAUCGAGAAUGGCAGCGUGAUUGUGGACUUUGACAUUGUGUUGGAUAUUGGACAAAAUAUAACAAAAUCAGAGGUUUCAGAUGCUUUUAUAGAUGCCCUUAACGGGAGCACAAUAUUUAAGGCUGAUCUUCAAAAGACUUUUGUAGAAGCAAGGAAUAGCUGCGAGCCAGGUUUAAAUGACUGCAACCAAAAUGCUUCUUGCACCGCUGAAGGAGCCACUUAUUCCUGUGAAUGCAACAAAGGAUUCACUGACCAGAGUCCACUAGUUCCAGGGAGAGAUUGUCAGCAGGACCUACCUUCACAACACACAACCACAGCCCCUCCAAACACCAACACCACCAGUACAACUGGAACAGGAUCAACAACUCCAGUUCCUCCAGACAACACCACCACCAAUACAACUGGAACAGGACAGACAACCACAGCCCCUCCUAACACCAACACCAAUACAACUGGAACAGGAUCAACAACUCCAGCCCCUCCAGAGACCAAUACAACUGGAUUUACCAGAUCUACACCUAGUUCCGUUUACACUACCACAUUUACGUCAGCACCUUGCAUGCCAGUGUCCAUCAAAGUUCAGGACGUGACUGCAGAAGAAAUACAACUCAGCUGGACCAGCAGCAGCAAAGACAGCUUCUACAACAUCUCUGUCAUGGAUGGAAAGAAGAUAAACACAAAACAUACAAACGAGACAAAAGCUGUGUUUAAAAACCUGCGUCCUGGCAAUGUGUACACCAUUUCUGUGGCAGAGUCAUCUUGUGCUGAGAAUAAACAUACUUCAGUCACUGUCCAAACAGAUUCUGCUUCCUGUUGGGAAAGAACUGAUUUUUGCUCAGCACAAAAUACUGGCUGUUCUGACUUAAAAGGCGUUGUAUGCUCCAACCAAGCAUUUUCCUGCAGCGUUCGGUUCAAAAGCCUGACAUUUAAUAAUACACUUUAUAACUCUGAUAGUGAAGAGUACAAAACAAUGUCUGAAAGCAUCAAAACAGACGUUGUUGAAGGAAUGCAGGCUAAACUGGGGAACGACCGCUUCAAUGUUCUCCUGCUGGGGUUCAGAAAUGGCAGCGUGAUUGCUGAUUUUCUCUUUCUGCUGCCACAAGAAGAAGCCAUGGACGUGAAUGAUGUACAGACCUACCUGAGAGAAGUAUUCUGGAGCAAGUUUGGGAACGAAGCUGAAGUGAAAGCUCAGUCUGUUCAGUCAUCAACUGACAACAGUUCCUCCUGGAGAGUAGCAGUGAUUGUCCUUGGAGUUUUACUUGGAGUUGCUUUACUGCUGAUUCUCCUGGGAAUACUGUUUUACAUCUAUAUGAGGAGAAGAUCAGAACUGACUGACACUAUGAUCCAGAAAAACCUGAGCUACCUAUCAAUCCCUUCAUGCAUGCUGUGAUCAAGGCCAAGAUCUUAGGAAAUACUGUGCUCUGUUCCUGUUGGAAUUGAUGAGAUGAGACUCAAGUCCUCAGCUGACUUUUUUAACAAUUUCACUCCUCCACAAUUUAUUAUUCCAGCUGCUGUCAAUAACCAAAAGCUUUUGCUUCACAAAAGUAUGAGAAAAUCAUGGUGCUCUGGAUCCAGGACCAUACCCAGAUGUUGCAUUGCAUUCCCAAGGGCACAGGCAGUUUGGGACUGGAUAAAGCCAGGCCUUGGAAGAGCAGGUUGUGCACUUGCCAUCUUCUACCUAACUGAGAUUAUUUAGGCUGUGCUAGGAAUUUCCCGUAGAGCCUUUGUCACUGUUGAUUUGUGAUGGAACAACACCUUGAAAGGGAGGAGAAAGCAACAGGACAAGCUCUCAGACAUAACCAAACAGGCCUGGGAACACUGGGAAUGCCAUGUCUGCCCUGAUACCUCCCAGCCUGUGACAAGCCAGGUGCCAGAGGAACAGAAGGAACUGGAGAUUAACACAGGGAAGCCAGAAGUUCCCUCUGCAGGGAGCUGGAUCUGCCAUGUGCUGGAAGAAAGACUGGAGUGAGACACUAAAGGGUCUCAAAUUACACAAAUGAGCAACAAGAGGGGUCAAAGUCACAAACAGCAUAGCAAUGUGUCUUCCCCAACCUUAGCUGCUUGUUUUCCUCCUCUCAAACAGCAAGAAUGUGCUGUAGGACUUCAGGAUAUCCCAAGCCCUUACUGACCUACAGCCAGAGGAGGGCAUGUGUGCCCUCAGCACGGGCUGGAAAAAGGAACUGGGGGAUUUGAGUCUGGCAGCUGGUGCCAGGAAAUGGGCAUGACCUGCUGGGACAUCAGCCAGCCCCCUCCUCAGGCCCACGUUCCCUGCACAGGCUGUUCCAGGGCUUUACCACUGCCUGUGGUUGGGCCUCAUGAUUGAGUUUGGAAUAAAAAACCUGCUGACAUCAGCUUCCAAGUGUAGUAGUGGGGAAAAAAAAAAAUCCAGGGACAGAAAUAUUACUGUUGGUAAUCCAUGCAGACCUGUGUCAUUUUAGUCACGUUAUGGGAGCUGGGCUGUCCAAGGACAUUCAUUGCAUUCUGGGGACCUAAAUCAAUAACAUCCCUGUUAGCUACAAUUAAAUGGAUCAUGCUGGUGUAUGUGCCUGCUGGAAACCCAGUUUUUCCUUUCUGAGCAGAUCCAGACUGGGCUACUGCUGAAAAGGAGCUGGAUUUAAACAUUUCUGGUGUAUAAACACAUUCAUCUGCCAAUUGUUUCCAGUGUUAAUUGGUUCUUUUAAAGACUCAUUUUCUGAACAGUCAAAAAAUUUAGGGUUGUGCUCAACUUCUGGUUAGAAAGCUUGCAGUAGAAAACUGGAAUUUGUCCAGCUCACAUCCACUCUGCUGUUCAUGGCCCCACUUAAAAGUUUGUCCUGAGAAACAGAAGGUCUUCUGAGCUGCAGGUCAAAUCUGUCUCCAUUCCUCUUGCUGUGGGGGACACCUGAUCUUCAGCACAGUUGAGUAUUUGUUAAAUUGGGCCAGAAACUGUAGCAAUAAUUGAUGUUUUAAUUCAGGGAUAUAUAUAUAAGCUGGUGUUGCUGGUGUUGUACAUGCCCUGUUCUAAUCUCACCAUGAUCCUGUGCUGGCAGCAACACAACACAGGUUAGGCAGGAUUAGAAACAACUCAAAAUGAUUUUAGGAUGGCUUGGUGCUGCCAGGUGUUUGAGGCAUUUCCCACACCAGAACUUGACCCACAGAAGACAAGUCCAGCUUCGUUUUCUGCAUUUCUGUGCUCUUCCAGUUUGUCUGAGUUGCUGCAGUGAAUCAGUGCAGCUUUGGGAUCCCACUGCAGAUGUGCACAGUUGACCAAAAAAUACUUAAUGGAUUAAUUAGAAAAGGGGAUAUGUGUGAGUGGGCUGACUUCAAAGCUCUUUCACUGCCAGUUAUUCCUUCUUCUCAACUUCCAGCUUCAUAAAGAAACAUUUUUUAAUUUUUUUUUUUUUUUUUUAAUACGAGGCUGAACAAAUAUAACACCACAUCCGAGCCUCCAUAAAUCUUGUCAACACCUUGGUUAGACACAGAAAACUCAGCAUCCAGGAAGGAGUGGGAUCAGAAAGUGCUUGCACUGUGCAGCAGAAGCCGCCAGAUAGCGCUCCCUGUACCGGCACCAGCUGCUCCAAGACCUGUUUGCACCAAAAUCUUCAGCAAUUCACUAAUUUUUGGCUCAGCACAGGGCAGCACUUCCUUCCAAUGGCCUUUGCAAUGUUGAAGUGCACUUCAGUUCUCUCUUCAAGUCGUGCCUUCUUCCCCAUGGCUUGAGAGUUGGGAAAUUAAUAAGUUUUAUUGCUCUGGAGAGGUGACAGAGAGCAAGGAGAGGCUGAACAUCCUGCAGGUCACCCUGGCCACGCCCUGGCAGCAGCUUUGGGGCUGUGUUGGCCCAGGUUUGAGAAGUCAUGCAGCUCUCUGGUUGCACUUAAGCUCCUGGGGAAUUACAGCCAAAAAAAGGAAGGAAUAAAUGUGUCUGUAGGAAUCUCAGCGUGAUCCUACCUGUCUCUCUGAGCACCUCAAUACCAGCUUAAAGCACAGCCCUGGACCCUCAGAAAAUACUUGAAGAAAAAGGGGGUUUUGCUCCACAAACACCUCUUCCACUUGUUUUUUUUUACAUUCUGGGUUGGUGCAAGUGAGGACAUCACACCUCAAGGAGUCAGGGAGGCAGGAGCAGUCACCAGCCUCUCCCUGAGGCACUGAUGUGGUUGUUGGACACCACCAAAGCCACCUCAUUGUCACUGUGGUCAAAUAUUGACAGCAGCUCCUAAACUUUAAAUUUUCUAUCUCAUUGCUACAACGAACUAUUCAACUCACUAAAAGGUUAUUUGUCUAUGAAAUAAAUUUGAAAUCUUUAUUUGAUUUCUCUUCUCAUAAUCAGAAAGCUUAAGCAGCCUAUGGCCUCUUUAUUUUUUGGGUUGUUCCUUGUGGAAAUUUUAACAUUGGAUUCGGGGAC